AUGACAACAGCAACGCAACAGAAAAGACGUUCAUUCUUGGGUAAAUCCCCUCGCCAACCAAUUGUCGAGGAACCGAUUAAUCCUUAUCAAGUCGUAAACCAACAAUAUCAACGCAAUGAUAUGUUCCAACUGUAUAAUGAACCUAAAGUUAUCAUAGAUGAUGAUCCGAUAAUUCCUCAAUAUAAAGUCCAAUCAAAAUUCGAUACAAAUACCAAUUAUAAUAUGAAGAUUGUCGUAGUCGGGGAUGGUGGCUGUGGUAAGACGUGUUUAUUGGUAAGUUAUGCCCAAAACAAAUUCCCCGAGGUUUAUGUUCCUACCGUGUUUGAAAAUUAUGUAACUACGGUUCAAGCACCUAAUGGGAAAACAAUUGAGUUGGCAUUAUGGGAUACUGCCGGACAAGAAGAAUAUGAUAGAUUACGACCUUUGAGUUAUCCCGAUGUUGAUAUUUUAUUGAUUUGUUUUGCAUUGGAUAAUAUUGUUAGUUUACAUAAUGUUAAGGAAACUUGGUUUCCUGAAGUUAAUCAUUUCUGUCCUGGUAUUCCAACCGUGUUGGUGGGUACUAAGAGUGAUUUACCUAGUACAAUUGACCCAGAUAUUCCGAUCCAAGUAGCGGCCGAGAUCAAUGCGGUGGGAUAUAUCCAAUGUUCAGCUAAAACCAUGUUUAACAUUUCAACCGUAUUCAAUUUUGCGUUAAAUUAUUUCCAAAAGCAAAUGGAAGUUCAAGAACAAUAUGAAAGGACGAAAUCAAAUAGAUUAUCGAAAGUUUUAGGUGGUGGAGGUGGAAGUAUGGGUGGAAGUCAUUCAAGACAUCAUUCAACUACAUCAAUUAAUAGAAGAGGACAUCUCAAAAAUACUUCUUAUGAUUCAACCGUAUUAUUAGAUCAACCAUUGACAGAAGAUUCAUACACUAAGAAUCCAUAUGGAGAUUUUGGACGUCAACAAAAUGGUAAUGUUGCCCCGAUAUCACCUUACAAUGAUGAUGAAUUUGCAUUUACGAAGAAAAGAAAGAAGAAGAGAAAGUGUACCAUUUUGUAG